UCUCGACUCCAAAUUCAAUGAGGGGAAAUUCUCCUCUUUGCAUAUGUAGCCAAGGACGGUUUCCAGGGGUGGAGGAUGUCAGCACCCGACCUCUGCAGCAUAGCCGCACGGCCUGUCUUCCAUGGAAUUUCUUCCAGUCGUAUGGAACUUUCCGUAGAGAAACGACCCAAAAGCAACCUGAGUACUAUUUCCGUUGCGUCAACAACAGCCCACGGGUAAUUCGAAAACCACAGCUGAUCAGCGCGGAGCUUGUUGUCGCACAUAUAUGCAUGGAUGGGUGACGAGAUGGGGAAACAUCAAUAUAUGCUCAACAGCCUCGGGGACAUUGACGCUGGGCGCAAUCAAUGCGGCAGAAUAGGCGAGUGGCGCUAUUGGUGCGAUUGGUGCGACUUGGAUCAUCGUGUAUUAGGGGGUAAAAUAUGGGGAAGAAUACUUGGGCUGUUCCCUGUUCCAACAUCUAAACGACGAUCGCCAAGAGAUCUCGUAGUAGGAAACAUCAUGUUUCAUGAAUCACCACAAAACUGUUAUUGGGCACUCAUGAGUCUGUAUAAAAGACCCGAGGAUCGCAGAUGUUCGCUGCAACGACAGCAACUCAUCGCAUUUCCAUUCUUGAUAUACCCAAAUAGCCUUUCGAGAUGAAGCUUAACAUUAUUGGAUUCACUGUUCUUUCGGGUGUGGCUUUUGCCUCACCUGUCGAGAAACGUCAAGGCGGAGGUGGUGAUGGACCUUACGGCCCUGGCACGUACAAGACGGAGAGCAACCUUCAGCAGCACACCAUCUACAUGCCAUCCAACGCUCCUGCCGACCUCAAGCUCCCAGUCCUUGUAUGGGGUAACGGUGGUUGUGGCGCUGAUGGCACUGGUAACGCUCAGUUCCUCCAGCAAGUCGCCUCUUACGGCUAUAUCGCCAUCGCCUCGGGCGGCCCGGGACAGCAAGGCGGAACAACAUCUGCCAUGAUGAAGCAGUCGAUCGACUGGGUCACCCAGCAAGCCGGACAGGGAGCCUAUGCCAACGUUGACGCGAGCAAGAUCAUGGCUUCUGGUUUCAGCUGCGGUGGUGUCGAAGCCAUGGACCAGAUCUGGGACUCGCGCGUGAAGACCAUCGGUGUUGUCAGCUCCGGAUUGUUGCAGAACCAGACUGCUGCUCGCUCAUACACCAAGCCUGUCAUCUACAUUUUGGGAGGAUCUGGCGACAUCGCCUAUGCGAAUGGCGAGAGAGACUACAACGCUCUCCCAGCAGGAACACCUUCAUGGAAGGGAAACAUCAACGUCGGCCACGGAGGCACUCUCUUCGACCAGAACGGCGGAAGAUUCGGAAAGGCCGGCCUCAACUGGCUGCAGUGGGUGUUCCGAGGUGACGAACAGGCCAAGGCCUACUUCACCAGCGGAUACCAGGCCGAUGGAUGGCAAGUCCAGAGCAAGUCGCUCGACAAGAUUACGGCGCCUCUUAAGUAAGCGUCUUGAGAGAGGUCAUUGGGCCACUUCCAGUUCUGUUCUCUCUUGCUACACGAACAACA